UCCGCCAUGUUUGAAAUGUUGCUUCUAGGCAAGUUGAGUACAAUUUAUUAAUAAGAAUAAAAAAUAUCUUGUCUUAUUUCGGUCAAACACUGAUCGUUCAUAUUUUUUAUGUUGGCGUAUUUAAUACUGUGUUGGUUGUUGAAAGUAAAAUUGAAUUUACCGAAGAAUUAAAAUACAGAAAUGAUAAAUCUGUGGUAUUAUUGUUUGCAUUUGAAGUUAGAUCGGUAUAUAAUGGCAUGAACGUAUUUUGUUUUUAUGAAAAAGAAAUGUACUGGUCCUUUUUAUGGUAUAUUGUCAAUACGAGAAUACAAUUUUUUUUCUUGAAGUUAAUUUAUCUUAAAUAUUUAUUAUUUGAAGAAAUUAUGAAAUAAAGAAUCAAAAAUAUAUGAUGAUUCAUUUUAUAUAAAGGAAAAUGAAAUUUGUGGUUUUGUAAAAACAUGGAAUAUAAAUAUACUUUGGAAGAUAGCUUCUGUAACAUAUGAGUAUAAUUGGAAAAACUUUAAGAAAUAAUGUCUGCAGAAAACCAUAAUUUAAAAGUUUGUUGUUUCUGUGGUCUUACAGAAGACAAUGAGUUAGAGUUUGGUAAAUUUCAUGAAUAUCAUGGUAUUGUUACACAUUAUUACUGUUUGUUAUUAUCUUCUAAUAUGGAACAGAAAGGUAAUGAUAACGAAGGUAUUUUAGGAUUUUUAGUAGAAGAUAUACAAAAGGAAUUGCGCAGAGGAAAAAGAUUGAUAUGCUCUUAUUGUAAGAAAAAUGGUGCUACGUUAGGAUGUUGCAAUACAAGGUGUAAACGCAUAUUUCAUUUUCCUUGUGGCUUAAGAGCUGGAACUCUUCAUCAAUUUUUUGGUGAAUUUAGAUCAUAUUGUAUAAACCAUAGACCAAAACAAAAAAUUGAUGAAAAAAAAAGAAAAGUAAUUAAAGAAAAUACUGAUAUAUUGUGUUGUAUUUGUUAUGAUAAUGUUAAUCCUAAGAAUUUUAUUGGGACAUUAUGGGCACCUUGUUGUAAAAAGGAUGCUUGGUUUCAUAGAAAAUGUGUUCAGCAAUUAGCAAUGAAUGCUGGUUAUUUCUUUAAAUGUCCACUAUGUAAUAAUAAAAAAGAAUUUCAAAAAGCAAUGCUAGAAUAUGGUAUUUUUAUUCCAAGUCAGGAUGCAUCUUGGGAACUUGAACCAAAUGCAUUUCAAGAACUUUUAUAUAGACAUGACCGCUGUGAUGCUGUGACAUGUUUAUGUCCAAAAGGCAGAAACUAUACAAGCAUGAAUGCAAAAUGGGAAUUAGCUUUAUGUAGAACAUGUGGUUCCCAAGGAAUUCAUAUGGCAUGUGGCCAAUUAAAAUGGGCCAAUCCUGUUUGGAGCUGUGAUGAAUGUAUAUCCAUAUUAGAUAAAGUAAAGCAGUCAACGAAGAAUGUAACAGAAACAAUAAAUAUUACCUAUCGUAACAUAGACACAGAUACCAGUGAUUCAGAAAUUUCUGUGGGUGGUACACAAGAUAAAGAUGACCUUCCUAUGUUGCCAUACUCACAUGCAUGUCCUGCACCUCGAUCUUUUAAACUAACAUCAAAUGAAAUUUCAACAAAUACUACAUGUGAAAAUAACUGUAGCAGUUCUAGUCAAAACGUGUCUGCAACAUCAUCAGUCAAUUUUAAAAUAAUUAAAUCUAAAGAUAAAAAUAUGUCACAAACAGAUCAAGAAAACAGUGUAUUACAAAAAGAUCAAGAAAAAAGUAUGGUAAAAACUGACGAAAAAAAAAGUGUAUUAGAAAUAGAUCAAGAAAAAAGUAUAUUAGAAACAGUUCAAGAAAAAAAUGUGUUACAAACAAAACAAAACAAAAACUUGCAAAGUAUGCAACCAUCGAUUUCGAAUAGAAAGGUUGAUGUGAUCUUGAUCGAUAGCGAUGAAGAUGACAUUGAAGUCAUUAAUACUUCAAAAAGGUCAAACAUUGGAGAUCAAACUUUGAAGAAGAUGGCCCUUACUACCUGUGAUACAAGAACUAAAAUAAACAAUUUGGAUCAAUCUAUAGAUAUUUCAUGUAUUUCAUCAGAGAUGGCUGGAAAGAUAAAUAAUAAAAUUGAAGAGGAAAAAAAAAUUUCAGAUAAUUUAAAAACAAUAGAAAAAUAUGAAAUUAUAGAUAAUAUAAAAAAUAAUACAUUUUCAGAAAAUGAAAAUCGUAAGAACUCUAAUAAUUCAUCUAUUAUGAACAUUAAAAUUACUAAUGUAACAUCUUUAUCACCCGAAGUUUUUGCAAAUGUACCUGAUAUGAAAAGUUCAGGUAAUCAUAAAUCAUUAGAAUUAUAUACUAGUCCUUCAAUGAACUUCAGUAAUUCCGAAGAUAUUCAAACUAAAAAUACAAGAUUAUCAUCUUCGGAAUGUCAAUGCAAUGAUACAGGAAUAACCUCAAAGAGAAAGCAUGAAACAAAUAUAUGUGUAAUUGGAACUCACACAAAUGGAAUAAAGACUGUGGUGAUAGAUAAAUCUAAAAAAGUAAAAGUAAAUGAUUUAGAAGAAAAUAUGAAAGCUUCAUCUAGUGCUAUUUCCUAUAAUGGAGCUAAACUGCAAAAUGAUAAUCCAAUUAAUGUAGCAUCAUCGGAAAAAAGUGUGAAAAAUAGAAGUAUCUAUAUAAAUCAACAAAUUUUUACAUCAAAUAAUUAUAGAAAGAAUAAAAUUUUUCACACAAGCAGUAAUAAAAAUAUAUUUCCUUCAAUGCUGCAAUUAACAAAUCAUAAUACAGCAGAAAGCCAAAUUAACAAUACUUCAUCAUUGAUUUCUGAUCAAUCUACUAGUGAAGAUGUAAUUGUUACUCAUGUUCGGAAUAGUAAUACAUACCAAUCAUUGAACACAGAAAAAAAUUUUACUAACAGAAAAAUGAUGCCAUCUCAAAAUUCUGAUAGUUUAGGAAUUAAAAAUGGAAUACAAUCCAUUUUCAGACAGUGCGACGGGAAUGCAGGGACCAGUUUUGCUAGUGAAUCAACAGACAACCAUGCCGGAACAAAAAAUGAUCGAGUUAAUCCAAAAGGAGCAUCAGUUAAAAGAAAAUGGACAAACCUACUACAGUGUACCGAUUCAAGAGGAAAUGUCUCUGAUGAACAUUUCCAAUCCAAUGGAUGCAGUGUGUUCUCCGAAAUUGCAAGUAACCCUAACGCCUGUGAUAGACCUAGACUGAUACCAGAAUCAGUACAAUUACAAGAUCUUAAAUUUAAAGUUCGUGAUUCUAAUAAUGUACAGAUGAUCUUAUAUGAUACGUUUUCUGUAAACAUUAAAAUGAACACUGCCACAAAAAAUCAUGUAAAAGAUUCUUCCACGUCGGUAGGAGUAUCAAACAUGGAAAAUUCAUUAUUGAAAUUGGAUGACGAAUCAACAGAUGCUACUUGCAGCCGCACUUCAAAUCUUCAUUUAAUUAGCGAUAAAGAUAAGCGUACUUCCGAUACAAUUGUAAGUAAAAACGUUAUUAAGCAACGUGAUAAUGUGAAAGAAAAUUUUAAUCCUAUUACACAAACAUUUUUUGCCAAUAUCAAAUAAUUUCAGUAUAGUAAACGUAUUCGACGAUAAAUGUCAAUCGAUGACAAGAUAAAAUCGCAUGGAAAAUGAUAUUUUGGUAUUUAAUUUUUCCUCUACGCGAAAUUGACAUAUACAGCGUAUUUUGCGAUAUACAUAAAAAUGCAACGAGAUGAUGACUCCAAAGGUGAAACUUACUUCCCUUUGGAAUAUUACUAUCAAUGGUGAUUUGAGAGGAUGUGUUUAUAAUAAGUGGUAUAAUUAAAAAGGGAAUGAUUUAAUUUCUGAUAUUGACUUCAAAUUGAAUAUUAUACAUGCGAAUAUUCAUAUACAUCCAUACACCAAGAUAUUGAUAGUAAUUUAAUUGUAAUAACAAUAUACGUUAUGUAUUUACGAAGUUCUCUAAUAGCGAUCAUAUUGUUGUUUAUUGUGGACAUUCCAAUUAUUACAAUAUUAUAAAACUAGGCAUUAGACCUGCCCAAUACUAAUGACUUAUUUAGUAUAUUUAAGGAAUAUCCUAAAAGACGUAUUGAUAAAAAUAUACGCAAUAUGAUAAAUCUCGUGUUUGGCCUAGUAUUCUUCAUAUAAAACUAUAAGGAAGAUUAUGAAUAAAGACACAACGUUUCUUCCGAACUCGUAGGUGUUGAUAAAAUCAAUGGUAAUCCCUCGUGAAGAGUCUGGAUUUAAAGUGAAAGAUUUCUCGAAUAAGACACGUCGGGUUCAUGAAGAAAAAGGUGUAAUCGUUAGUAUUGCUGCGGCUGCGUCUCGAGGAUGAACUUACUUGCGAUAAAUAACGUUAAGUUUAGGCUGUAUGUACAUUGACGACAAACGUUGGGGAGACUAUAAGGCCAGAAUUGCGAAUGAUCCUCUUCUCAGUCGUGGAUGUUCCCCGAUGGAGUGGAGUGUUCAAAGAAUUAAGUGCUUUCUAUUGAUCUUCGCUAUCCUGGGAUACUUCAUAGUCAGAGCCAAAGGAGACCUUGACUAUACCGAUUUUGGUAUUGUUACAACUCAUUAAAUUAAUUGAUACUACAGUUAAACAAAAUUAUAUGAUAUCGCAAAAAAUAAUAGUAAAACAAAAGUAGAAAUUGUUUCUUUCAUUUUAUGUAAAAUUAUAAUUUUAGUUUCAUUGUAAGAUAUGCCCACUAUGUUACGCGUAUAUACAUACAUAUAUAUUUGAUAAAAUGAUAUAGUAACUAAAUUAUGAUCAUUUUAAUUAUUAUUGAAAUAUUGAAAAAUAUCCUGUCUUCCUCUCGAUAAAUUUAUAUAUAAUUAUGUUUAUUGCAGAAGAUAGUAUUGAUAUUUAGUUAAUUAUACAAAUUAAUAAUCGGCAAGUCAUAUUUUAAAAAAUAUAAAAUUUUAUAUUUUAUUUAUGUAUUUAUGAAAUACACGAAUAAACUGUACAAUUAUGGGCAUAUAUUAA